AUUCAGUUAUUUAAAAUAUAAUUAAAUUUUGUUUUAAUGGAAUCAAAAAGCAAUCUGUUUGGUUAUGGUAGUUCUAUAUAUCCUCCUAUAUUUGAAAAUGAACCCCCUCCACUUGAUGAAGAAAUUCCUAUAAAUGAUGAUUGGUGCAACUUUGACUCAAAUCUUGAAGAUAAUGAGAAAGUUGAGUGCGUAGGUACUUCAAUGCUUGACACAAAGUUAUUUAACUUAAACCAAGUAAACACUUUAAAUAAUUUGAAUAGUACACUUUUUGCUGGAUCUGCUAAUAAUUUUCAAUCUGAAAAAGAGGGUCCAGUUUUAAAAUCUGAGUUGUCGUCAUCAUACCAUGAUAAUAAAAAGUUAUAUAGUCAAUUAUGUAACAAAAAAGUGACAAGUGAAUACAAUGAUGCAUCUAAUACCAAAAAUUCUUUAAAUGAUGUUAUAGAAACUAUUUCACUUGCUAAAAUAUGUCCUAAUGAAAAGCAAGAGUUGUUAGAAUCAAAUUUUAUUGAUAAGGAUUUUAUCUUUACACAUGAAAAAAAGUCUGUAUCAAAUUUAGAAGAUUCUUGUAGUCAUGGUUAUACUGAGUUUAAUAAUUUAGAUUCUACUGAAGAGUUUCAAAAUUGCUCCGAUUCACAUUCAGUUUCAUUAUUAGAUAAAUUAGAUGAACAUUUAUGUAACAUUGAAUUAAUGAAAAAUAACAAAUCUCCUAAAGAGAAUUUGAAAUGUUGUAACAAUACUCAUGUUGCAACAGUUAAUGAUGAUUUACCCAUUGUUACCACUAGUAGCAUUGCAACUGUUAACAUGAUAACUCUUGAUGUUUGCAACAAAGAGUUAACCACUAGUGGUGUUAUUACACCUGAUACAACCAUUAAUGAUGAUGCAUUAAAGUAUCAUAUUUUAAAUCUACCUGCUGAGAGUUCUGAAAAAGUUCAAGGAGGCUUUUCUAAUCAGAUUUCAGAGUUUUAUGAAUUUGGAAACUUUGAUCCAAGUAACUUAAAUGCAUUUCAAUCAAAAGAAACUGAUUUUUUUAGUACUGAAAAUUUGCAAAAAUCAAAGGAGAAGAUUCCAGAUCAAUUAGAGAAAAAUGUUUCUGCUAUCAUACAACCAGAAUUUGCAGAGUUUCAUAAUUUUGGAAACUUUGAUACUAGCAACUUAGAUGCAUUUCAAUCAAAAGAAAUCAGUUUUCCUAGUUCUGAAAAUUUAAAGGAGAGUGUUAUUCCAGAUCAAUUAGGAAAAAAUGUGUCCAUUAUGAUACAACCAGAGUUUGCAGAGUUUCAUGAUUUUGGAAACUUUGAUGCAAACAAAAUAGAUAGAUUUCAAUCGAAAAAUAUAAAUAUUCCUAGUUCUGAAAAUUUACAAAAAUCAAAGGAGUGUGUUAUUCCAGAUCAAUUAGAAAAAAAUCGUUCCACAAUGAUACAACCAGAAUUUGCAGAGUUUCAUGAUUUUGGAGACUCUGAUGCAAACAAUAUAGAUACAUUUCAAUCAAAAGAAAUUAAUUUUUCUAGCUCUGAAAAUAUACAAAAAUCAAAGGAGAGUGUUAUUCCAGAUCAAUUAGAAAAAAAUCGUUCUACAAUGAUACAACCAGAAUUUGCAGAGUUUCAUGAUUUUGGAGACUUUGAUGCAAACAAUAUAGAUACAUUUCAAUCAAAAGAAAUUAAUUUUUCUAGCUCUGAAAAUAUACAAAAAUCAAAGGAGAGUGUUAUUCCAGAUCAAUUAGAAAAAAAUGUUUCCACUAUGAUACAACCAGAGUUUGCAGAGUUUCAUGAUUUUGAGAACUUUGAUGCAAACAAUAUAGAUACAUUUCAAUCAAAAGAAAUCAAUUUUCCUAGCUCUGAAAAUAUACAAAAAUCAAAGGAGAGUGUUAUUCCAGAUCAAUUAGAAAAAAAUAUUUCCACAAUGAUACAACCAGAGUUUGCAGAGUUUGCAGAGUUUCAUGAUUUUGGAAACUUUGAUGCAAACAAUAUAGAUACAUUUCAAUCAAAAGAAAUCAAUUUUCCUAGCUCUGAAAAUAUACAAAAAUCAAAGGAGAGUGUUAUUCCAGAUCAAUCAGAAAAUAAUGUUUCCACAAUGAUAGAACCAGAGUUUGCAGAGUUUUGUGAUUUUGAAACCUCUGAUACUAGUAACAUUAAUGCAUUUCAAUCAAAAGAAAUUGGUUUGCCUGGUUCUAAAAGUUUACAAAAAUUAAAUGAGAAUAUGUCAGAUCAAUUAGAAAAAAAUGUUUCCACAAUGAUGCAACCAGAGUUUGCAGAGUUUUCUGAUUUUGGAGACUUUGAUGCAAACAAUAUAGAUACAUUUCAAUCAAAAGAAAUUGAUUCGUCUGGUUCUGAAAAUUUACAAAAAUCAAAGGAGAGUAUUAUUCCAGAUCAAUUAGAAAAAAAUGUUUCUACAAUGAUGCAACCAGAGUUUGCAGAGUUUUGUGAUUUUGAAACCUCUGAUACUAGUAACAUAGAUGCAUUUCAAUCAAAAGAAAUUGAUUUGUCUGGUUUAAAAAAUUUACAAAAUACAAAGGAGAUUAUAAUACCAGAUCAAUUAGAAAAAAAUGUUUCCACAAUGAUGCAACCAGAAUUUGCAGAAUUUUGUGAUUUUGGAAAUUUCGAUUCAACUCAGUUUUUUGAUUCUUCUGCUUUGAAAAUAGAGCAAGAUUCCAAAGAAAGCAUUGUAAUACCAAAAUUAGAAAAACAAGACUCCAUUAUGGUAAAAUCAGAGUAUUCAAAUUUUUCUGGAUUUGAAAAUUCAGUUUCUUUUUCAAAAAUAAAUACAUUGGAUAAACCUUUUUUUCAACCAAUGAUUGAUGUUAAUGAUGAAAAAUGCAAGAUUAAUAAAACUGACAAAUAUAAAACUUUUGAAUUUGGAAAGCAGAAUGAAAAGGUUGCUGCACUUUAUUCAAAAGCCUCAAAAGUAUUACUUGAAUGUUUUCCUGCCAUAGAAAUAACUUCAAAACGCCUUUAUGAUUUGUAUUGUCAUCUUAAUAACAGUUUCUUACCUGAGAAUGAGUUAAAUCUAUGGUCAGAACUUCAACUAUCUGGCGAAGACGCAGGAAGGUGGUUGGUUCAAUAUCAUUUAUCGGAACAUUUCAAAAAACAAAUCUUGUCAUUUAAUAUCAGUUUUCAACCAAAUAAUGAUGAAAAAGUUAAGAAGUUUUUUGAGAAAUCUGUUUCUCCGUCUUCAUCCAUCGGAAGUUUUGAUAUUUUGAUACCUGAACAAGUAUGUUUACCUGCAUCUAAAAAUACCCUGCUUGCAAAAAGUCAAGAAAAAAAGAGUUUCAAUGAAAAUAUUUCAUUGUCUAAAUCAAUUCUCGAAAAUGUGUCAGGGCCUCCUUCAGAGACAACUUCUUUAGAUUUGGAUUUUUUUGUAAGCAACAGUACUGCUGUCAGUGGAGAAUUAAAUCGUACAGUUUCACCAAUUUUAGAUUUGUCAAAUCUUGACCUGUCUGAUAAAAUGAAAAUAGUUGAUUUUAAUUCAGAAAAAGCAGAUCAGGAAUAUUCUAAAGAAAUAUCAAAAAUAAAUUUUGAUGAUGGUAAAAACAUUUUUUCUCUCAAAAGUUUUAAAGAACCAGUUGAAAAAACUACUGUGGGUUCCAUUCUUUUAAGUCCAUUCAAUAGUAAAAAUGUAACUAAUGAAGAUUUUUCGCAACAAAUUGGUUUUGAAGAAAAGAAAGAUUCUUUAGCAGCAAACUUUGAUAUAGAAAAUGAUUCUCAAAAAAAAAUUGUGAUUGAGCAAUUCGUUCCUAACAAAGAAAUGGAAAAUGAUUUUAAGUCACCUGACUUCUGUUAUGAAAAUCAAAAAAAUUUUAACACUGAGUGUUUUGUAAAAAACACACUAAAGCUGAGUUGUAAUGGUGGUGCAUUUGAGAACAAUAAACUUUCUAAUGAAAUUAGAAAAGAUUCUGGUACUGAUUCACAGUUCAGUGGUUUUGAGUCAUUGCAAUCUUUAUAUAGUUCUAAAGACUUUAAUGAUUAUACUGAAGAAAAAAGUUGCUCAUAUAGUAAAAAGAUAGAAUUAAAUAAUUAUAAAACAUUUAAUGAAACCAAGGACAUUGGCUUUGAGGCUUGCAAUGACACUAGGAACAAUGUUUUUCAAACAUUUAGUGAAGCUAAGAGUAUUGGUAAUCAAUCAUUUACAGAUGCUGAAAGUGAUUUUCAAGCAUUUAAUGAAUUUAAUAAUGCAAUUAACAUUAGCCAUGAUGCAUACCAGGAAAAUAAAAACGUUGAUUUUCAAACGUUUUCAGGAAUAACAAAAAUUGAUUUACAUGCAUUUAAAGACACAAAAAACUUAGAUUUUAAGGCAUUCUAUGAUACAGAGAAGAUUGAUUUUAAGGCAUUCAAAGAGACCAGUGACAUUGAUUUCCAAACUUUUAACAACCCCAAAAGUAUUGGUUCUCAAUCAUUUGAUGACAAUAAGAAAAUCAAUUUUCAAGCUAAUGAUGUAAACAACUUAGAAUUCAAGGCAUUUAAUAACACAGAUAAUAUUGACUCUAAAGCAUUCAAUGAGACCAGUGACUUUGAUUUCCAAAAUUUUAACAACACCAAAAGUAUUGAUUUGCAAACAUUUGCUGAUACCAAGAAAAUUAAUUUUGAAGCAUUUAAUUAUACAAACAACUUAGAAUUUAAGGCUUUUAAUAACACAGAAAAUAUUGACUUUAAGGCAUUCAAUAACACCAAUGACAUUGAUUUCCAAACUUUUAACAAUCCCAAAAGUAUUAGUUCUCAAUCAUUUGAUGACAAUAAAAAAAUCAAUUUUCAAGCAUUUAAUGAUGCAAACAACUUAGAAUUCAAGGCAUUUAAUAACACAGAAAAUUUUGACUCAAAGGCAUUCAAUGUGACCAGUGACUUUGAUUUCCACAAUUUUAACAACGCUAAAAGUAUUGAUUUUCAAACAUUUGCUGACACCAAGAAAAUUAAUUUUCAAGCAUUUAAUGACACAAACAACUUAGAAUUCAAGGCUUUUAAUAACACAGAAAAUAUUGACUUUGAGGCAUUCAAUGACAUCAAUGACAUUGGUUUCCAAAAUUCUAACAACACCAAUAGUAUUGGUUCUCAAUCAUUUGAUGACAAUAAGAAAAUUAAUUUUCAAACAUUUAAUGACACAAAUAAUUUGGAUUUUAAGACAUUCAAUAGUGCAUUUAAUAAUGCAGAGAAUAUUAGCUUUAAUGCAUUCAAUAAUGGAGAGAAUAUUAGCUUUAAGGCUUUUAAUGACACCAAUGAUUUCCAAACUUUAAAUAACAUCAAAAGCCUUCAAACAUUUAAUAAUCAGAACAGCAAAUCAAAAAAGUUUACUAACACCAUGAAUAAUUUUAACCCAUCAAGUGAUGCCAGUAAUAUUGAUUUUUUAUCUUACUGUGAUGAUUCAUGUAGCGAAAAAUUAAAUCAUGUAUUUCCAACUGAAAAUAUAAAUCAAAACUUUUUAUCUAGUGUUCAAUCUUAUAAUACUGUAAAAAAAUUUGACACCAAUAUUGAGACUGAGAUGACACCUAAGGUGCUCCCUGUUUCUUUUACAGGGUUGAACUUAUGCCCUUCCAGUAAAAUGGAUGAAGAACACAUUAAUAAGCCAUUAUUUUCAACUUUGGAUUGGACUGACCAUAGUAGCACAAAUUCUAACUCACAAAAUUUAUUUUUUGAUUUGUCUAAAAAUAAAAUAAAUAAUAAUGCAGAAGAUUUAAAUAAAAGAUUUAUGUCAAAAGACACUAUUGUUGAUUCACCAUUAAGCAGUGCAAUUAUAGAAUGUGAAGCAAUGACGUCAAAUCAAGAUUUUGGCAAGUUUAAGAAACUGAACUCAACAGAUAAAUCCGAACAGCAGUUGUUUUCUGGUUUGUCUUUUUCUGAAAAUAAAUGUCCAGAUUUUUUUAGUGACGCUGUACAGAGUAAGUUUUUCAGUGUUUAUAGUGAUACUUCAUCAGUCCUCGACACUGGUACUAGUAUGGCUCCAUCAUUAAAUACUUUACAACCAAUCAAUUUAUUUGCUAACAAGCCAGCAAAUACACAAGAAUUUUCAUUUAUACAGCCAAAAACCAUUACAAAAAACGUUCCUUCUUUUCCAAUAGAUGAUCCAAUUCAAAGUUUUGCAGAUAGUUCUGUUCAGAGUUAUGAUAAGUCACUUCAAACUGCCGUGAAUGUUUCAAAAACACCUUGCACUAAUGCUGUUUGUGAAAAUACAUUGUUAAAUACUUUUUAUCCAAAUAGUUCCUUCAUGUGUGAAAAUAGUUCACAAUAUUUGCCAAACGUAUCAGGUUGUAGUAACCCAAUAUUUAGUGUAUCAUCACAAGUCAAUAGACUUUCUUCGGUCACGGUUUCUUCGACAGAAAAUAAUUUUAUAGACAAAUAUACUGUACUUAAAAGUUUAAAUGGAAAUAAAAGCUUUAGUGACUUUAGUUUCGAAAAUAUGAAAAAAGAUGAAAACAUAAAAGAACCUAAUAUAGUAUUUUCAAAAGAUUCAAAGAUGUUUUCUGAAGAACAAAUGUGUCAGACUGUUGUGCAGCCUGGGUUGUCUAAGUUUUUAUCAACACAAAAUACAAGUGCAGUUUUAAGCUCAGUAGAUUUACAAGAUAAUAUAGAAGUAAAGAAUGUAGAAUUUGGAGAUUUUGUUGAAAGUAAAAUGAUCGUUUCGACUUCUUCAAGUGAUAAUUUUAAUUAUAACUAUCUUCAAAGUGUGCCUGAUUAUCAAUUAAGCCAGAAGCAGUUUCAGUCUAUAUCUCAAAAGCAGCCAUAUACCUUCAAUACUCACCCUAAUGAUGCUCAAUGUAUACUUCCACAAGUGCAUCAAAAUCAAUUGCAUCAAAAUCAUCAUAUAUUACCCAAUAAAGAUGAUCAGUUUAAGUGUUUUAAAUUGAAUAAUCAAGAAAAUCAGCUAAAUCAAUUAUCUACUUUAAACAUCCAGCACUCUGCAUUCUUACAACAUUCUGCUACACAUAACGCACAACAUCCUCUCGCGCCAAAUACUCACUAUUUUGUUUCACAAAACACUCAACAUUCUGCUCCGCAAAACACUCAACAUUCUGCUCCGCAAAACACUCAACAUUCUGCUCCACAUAACACUCAAUAUUUUACUCCACAAAAUACUCAACAUUCUGCUCCACAAAGAAAUAAUAAUGGUCGAUACAUUCAAGACUUUUCGCAAUUUCGUUUGCAGCAAAAUCAGGUUCAGCAUUAUGAUAGAUUACAAAAUCAAGAUUCUCUUGACGGGUUUCAUUUCCAACAACAAAUAUCUACCUCGAAUACUCAAACAUUUAACUCGAAUACUCAAACAUUUGCUACACAAAUCAAUAAUCAGUACCCUCAGAGUUUUCCACAAUUUCAUUCAAAUCAGACUCCAUUUCAAUAUUUUAACAAAUUAGCAAAACAGGAUAACCAAUAUCAGCAUCAUGAUAAUUUCAAUCAAAAGUAUUACUUUCAGAAUUUUGAUAUACCACACAAUCCGAACAACCAAUGUAUUGAGAGAUUACCUAAUCAGAAUCAAUUUCAGAAUAUCGAAGGAAUACAAAACCAAUAUUUUCAAAAUAGUGAUGUAUUACACAAUCAGAAAAGUUUGUAUUCCGUUAACCAAAAUAUUCAGCAACCUCGUAAGUCGGCCAAAACCUUUCCUUCUUCUAAUGAUCCAUUUUCAGCAUUUUCAAUGGAGAACAGUGCAAAACAAUUGUCUCUACCAGUAGCUAAUAAAAUGACAUUAAAAAAUGAAAAGGUCAAGCUUAAAGAUAUGCCUUCUUUAAAAAAAUAAAUUUAUGCUUUUAAUAUUUUUAUCUAUUUUUUUUAUCUACUAUUUUUUC